CAGGAUCGCUGACGGGUCUGGUAGCUCGUGGUCUUUGCGAGGCAGGCUGGCGGGGAGCAGUAGCCUGGAUAAGGGCAGAGCGACUAAGACACAUUGCAAACCAGACCACUAGACCGGAAUCAGAGACCAAAAUGGGCGGAACGAGAAUGACAACUCUGGUUUUGGUAAUGGGAAUGUUGGCAACGCUGCUCCAACCUACCCUCGCUGGGAGUUUGAUUGGUGCCUUCAGCAACAGCCUCGGCCCUGAUGAAAUCAUUGAUUACGACGUAUUGCAAGAAGGCAACGGCUUCGAGGAGAGGAAGAUCCCGAGUCUCAACUGGGCGUGCGUGGAGCAGGAGAACGACGCCUCGGAGGCUGACCAGAUGGAGGUCUUCUUCAGGCUUUUCGGCUACUUGGGAGGCAACAACAAAGAGGGUGUUAGGAUGGACAUGGCGGCGCCUGUAAGCAUCGAGUACCUGAAGAACGACACGGACGUGGUACUGAGCGGCUGCUUCCUCGUCGAAAGGAAGCAUCAGCAGCAGCCUCCGGAGCCCACUGACACCAGCAUCAAAAUCAAGGUUCGGCCGGAGAUGAAAGUCCUCACGAGGAAGUUCGGAGGGUACGCAACCUCCGACUCGGUUUGGCUCCGGGAGACGGCUGCCCUCAAGGCCAUCCUCGCAAGAGCCGGGAAGGAAGCGCGCACCGAUCUAAUGUACUGGAAUGCAUACGACGCACCAUUCAAGUUCUGGAAUCGCAGGAACGAAGUCUGGCUCUUGGAAGCUGUAUAACAUGGCAACUUUCGACUGGAUUUAUGGAAGUGUGUUCACCGGCAACCAAACAAGCUGUUUAAAAUGUAUUUCAAAGUACUUAAAAUUUAAAAUUUCUUCAUGGUUUUAGUUGCACUGAUGAAAUGUAAAAAAAUCAAUAAAUGUGGCCAUUACUUUUA